CGCACCAGACACAGAUGCUUCAGUCAGUGGAAACCCGUCAGCUCGCAGGAGUCCACGGAGGAUUUAAUUAUCUGUCAUUUUAUACAGCAGGGCAACUACAGGAGGACGAACUACUCCGAUCCCGCAGAGACGGAGUCUCCUUCCUGCGAGCGUCUCCACAAGCUGCUGAUGCGCAAAGAGCGGUGGUCGGCCAAAACAAAGAGACACCAUGAGUGACUGCUUCGACUGCAAAAACUGCAACGAGUCCCUGUAUGGACGCAAGUACAUCCAGGUGGAGGACAACCCUCACUGCAUCCCCUGCUAUGACCGCCUGUACGCCAAGACCUGCCAGGAAUGUAAAGAAAUCAUCGGUCACAAUGCCAAGGAGCUCUUCUACGAGGACAGACAUUACCACGAGCACUGCUUCCGCUGCUUCCGCUGUGACCGCUCUCUGGCAGAUGAGCCCUUCACCAGCCAGGACGACGCGCUCGUGUGCAGCGACUGCUUCUGCAACGAGUUUUCCUCCAAGUGUGUGGCCUGCGACAAGACAGUCAUGCCAGGAUCGAGGAUGUUGGAGUACGGCGGCUCCGCGUGGCACGAGGACUGUUUUGUGUGCCACGGCUGCGAGAAGCCGAUCGGUGCCGAGGCUUUCAUCCCCGACAAUAACAACUACUACUGUGUGCCGUGCUACGAGGGCAGGUUUGCUCCUCAGUGCAGCCACUGCAAAAAGGCUCUCACUAAAGGAGGGGUGACCUACAAGGAGGAGGUUUGGCACAAAGAGUGUUUCUUGUGCACGGGCUGCAAAACUCCGCUGGCCGGUCAACCCUUCACCUCACAGGGAGACAGUCCGUACUGCGUCAAGUGUUUCAGCAGCCUCUAUGCCAAAAAGUGUGCCGGCUGCAACACGGCCAUCACAGGUUUUGGCGAUGGAAAGUAUGUCUCUUUUGAGGACCGGCAGUGGCACCAGCCGUGCUUCAAGUGCUCACGCUGCUCUGUGUCGCUGGUGGGCUCCGGCUUCUUCCCCGACCGCGACCAGAUUCUGUGUACAGACUGCAACAACGAUGACUGACCACCACCAGAACAAACUACACCUGCAACACCUGCACACCAGAAACAGCAAAAUAUCAAACACUGCUGACGCCAGCAGGGAAACGUAUAAGACCUCAGCUUUGCACAUGAACACUGCAAUAUCACUAAUUCACUCACAGUGUAAAGCUGAUACAAAGCUCAGUAUUUACAACUUAAAGUCAGCCUUUAGCACGAUGAAAUGUUUGUAUAAAUUCUGCAGAAAUGUCCUGUGAUGUAUGUGUAUGACUUUUUCUUUAUUUUAUAUGUAAAAUAUUCAAAAAAAAUACUUUUAAAUUAAGUUGUUUGUUUUCUUUUAUCACACUUUUUUUCAUUGCAAUAAGACAGAACCAACAUUUGAGACUUCUUGUACUUUUUAAAGAAAUAUUCCAAUUUAUAAAACUUUUUUUCUGCUCCUGCGACCUGCUUCUUGUAUGUAAUCUUAUCUGUUAAAAACUUGUGUUUUCUUUUCAGCUUAAAUCAACUUUCACUGGUGUAAUGCAAUAAAAACGUCAUAAAAUAA